GUUCCAAUUUUAAUUCCAUUUCGUCUUUUGAUCGGUAAACGGUGAUGAAGCUCCCAUGACAGACCCAACGGAAUCUUUGCAAAACCCUCAACUGGAAUACUCCACUUUUAAUUCCAAUUCUCCCACGCUUUCAAACCCCCUUCCGAUCCUUGAUACUCCACUUCUUGAUUUUUCUGUUGGUUCUUAUACAACAAGCAUUUGCUGAUUCUUCCCUUGAUUUUGGGGCAUGCAUUGCCAUCGGUUAUCAUCGGUGAAACGACAACUUUUUUCUGCUGCGAUUUUGAUUACCAUUUGUGAUCGGAACGAAAAUGGACUCGUUACAUGGAAGCUUUAUCCCUCACUUCAAAGUGCGACAACCAAUUUUGGUCUUCUCCAAUCGCAUCAAGAAACAAGAUUCUCUGCUUGUCGUAGACCUUUUUAGGUAUUUUUGUUUUCAAUUUUCCUUCUUAUUCUUCAUUGAUUCAGGCGUUAAUGUUCGUUGAAUUCAAUCUUUUUUUCUUCUUGAUAAUCGAUAUAUGUAUACAGCAUUGGUUUCAAUCAUUAGAAAAUCUUAGUGGAUUGUAGAAUCGUGUUGAUUCGUAAUUGACAUGUUAUAGAAUUUGUGUGUUCUUUUACAGUUUAACAUAGUUUCACUUGUUUACAACUAUGGAAAAUGAUAUCAAGGAUUUCAGAUCCAGAGUAUCUGAAAGAAUAAUUAUAGCCAAAUGGAUAAACUGAUAUUAAGGAUUUAAUAUUAAUUUCUUUCAAUGACUUUUAGCAUUAGGGUUUUUAGUGUGUUUCAGAGAAGAUUGGUCCAAUUGCUUGUUAUAGACACAAUGCGUUGAUGUGAUCAUGGUAUUAACUUGUAUUCUUUGCAUAUUGAAAUAUUCAUCAAAAAGAGGAAGAGAACCCCUGAAGUUUCAGGCUUAACACUGACAUAUUUUAUCAAGAUAUCUUGUUUUGAACUUGUAUCCGAUCAUUUUUGUGAAAGCUUGCAUGAUUAGAAGUUUCAAGUCAAUCAUCAAAACGAGGGCAAAAUAAUACAAAUUGAACCCUGUUUAUUUUUGGCGUAUCCACACGAAAUCAUAUGAAAAAUGUAACUAAUUCUUCCAUUUCAUUGGGCCACUGGCUGGCCCUUGAAGAUAUUUUAUCAAGAUUUUUUUCGAUCCAACAUCCGAUCAUUAUUCAUCCAUCUUUUAUGGGUCCUAAUCCUUUCAGGGAGAAUUUCCCAAUUUCGUACACUCGAUGUAGAACCCUUGAGACCCACUGGGAUAAUACUCAAAGCAUUCGACACCCAGCUGUUUCCAGUAAUGAUGACUCGAAGCAGCCUGAGUUGAUUUUUACUCGACUACAGCUCCGCGAUGAGGAAUACCUUGGCAUGCAAAGGCGUAGCUUUGGUAGUUACAUUGCUCGUGAAGCAGUAUUGAAUGAAGAAUAUUGGAUGGCAUCUUGGCUGCGAGCAGAAGCUCAUUGGGAAGCCUCAUCCUACAAGCGGCACGCUGAAAUUUUUAAAAUGAAGUAUGCUGAUCAGGAGUUCAAAGCUUUGAAAAAAAGAUGUUCAGGACAGGAUGGGAACUUGUUGCAGUGCUUCUGUCUUGUUGCUGUUAAGAAGGAAGUGAAAAAUGUGAAAAGAACUGUCUUGAACAGUAUCGUUGGAACUAUGGACUUGAGCAUCCGACAAUAUUUGCAAGGAGAAACAUAUCCCGGGGAGGUAAAGAGGCAGUCGGGUGUUUUGGCAAGUAAGCAACCUUUCGAUGCACACAAGUAUGCAUAUGUUUCAAAUGUCGUUGUGGCAAAAUAUGCCCGGCGCCGGCGAAUUGCGUCAAAUAUGUUAUGCCUGGCCACUGAUAUUGCAACCUCUGUAGGUAUGAAGAAACUAUUUGUCCAUGUAUCCGCAGACAACAAGCCCGCUCAGGAACUGUACAAAAAAGCGGGCCUCGAGUUUGUUGCAAGUGAUGCUUCAAGCAAGGAGCAGCUACUGAUGUGCAUGGAACUGUGACACUUGAGGGAUCACAUACAACAUUCUUUACUGUGUGUAUAGCCAAGAGUAAAUUCACUUGUGAAUGAUGCAACCAUACAGUAGACGACGUAGUUUUUCUUUGGAGCUCUUUUCCCUUAUUUCCGAUUACAUUUGUUAGGACUCAAAAUAGAAGAGAAAAAUCACACACAAAAAUACUUCAUCCUUAACUAAAGACCAAAGGGUCAUUUGCCUA